ACCACCUACGAAUUUGUGCUAAUUGCCUAAUGAUAAUGCUAAUGUUUUAAUGUACUCUUUUUGCUUAUAUUUAUCACGCCUUAAAGUAUACAAGUGUGUAAAGAAGUAUGAAAGAAGAUGUGAAGCGAUAUAACAAGCAAGCAACACACAGAAACUCAGGGAAAGAUUGUUGAUUGUUGUGUACCUACGCGGAAGUGCAUCGCAUAUCUCAUAGCUAGUCAACAUAAAUUAAUUUCUCAUAAAGGUAUCCAACUUAUAUUCUUAUACGUAAAAGUAGUGCUUUAAUGAACGGCAAAUCGAUGACCCAUGGAUCACGGAGAGCGACCUUUUCCUUGCAAAUUGGAUGGCUGUAGGCUGAGUUUUACCACCGAAGAUCACUUGAACGUACAUAGGAAAAAACACGAUAUGCUACUAAAUUUGGAACUGCCCAACAAGUCGAAUCUGUUUGCGGAUCAAACUCCCACACCGACCCGUCUCAUUGGCAAGUGUGAAGAAGUGGGUCUAUUCGAGGAUCUACAAAAGGUCAAUCCAUUUGAUGAGACCUUUCGGAGAGCUGUCGAAGAGAAGAGUUCCGGUUCUGGUGAAAUCGCGAAUGGUAAAGCAGUCCCUUCGCUCGGGCCUGUGGGAACCGGAGAUGAAACCUUACAUACUCCCCAUGUAUUUCCUCUUCUUGAAAGACGAGACAGUCAGAAGCUGUCGAAGUUGAUAAUUUCAAGAUCUACCUCUAAAAGAGGCGAGGAUGCGGCCAUCCAAUCUGAACCGGUGCUUGAAAGCAGACAAUCGUCAAAACGAAAGAAGCAAAAUCAAAUCUAUUCCGGCAAUAAGAAGCCACUUGUGAAAGUGCUACCCAAAAGCACCCCUGCUACGCAACCUGUGAUAAUAAUUUCGUGUGAGCAAAAUGAAGCAUUGCCCUGUAUAAAACCAUCUACCCCACUGCACCCAGUGAAGGCUAAGUUGAAGAAGUACCUAGCUAGAAACGGACAGCUUGAAUCUACGGAUGAAGCAACGCAACAACCAUCGACAUCAGCUACCGCAAGUACCUUAAGCACUGAACAGAGCAUCAAACCUGUUGAGUCGAACGAAAAACCAGCUCGGCUUCGUGAGGAAUCCACGGAUCAAAAACAUGAACGAUGGAAAAUGGCAGCUAAGCGUUAUAGGACACGCGUGAAGCAGAACCAAGACAAAAUCCAUCAGAAAAACCUAGAACUUGAAGAGGAAAACCUGCGCCUGAAGACGGAGCUGGCUCGAAUGCGACAUGUUCUCUCGCUGCACAAGGACUGCUCAGUGACGCGAACUCUGGCAGCAGGAACGAAGGAUAUUCACGCUGGGGCGGCUGGUCUGUCUACCCAAGCAGUGCUCGUUCCAAUGGUAGCGCAAAACUCGCAGCAUUUGUUCGUUGAACCUGUUGCAGUGGCUCCGUCAGCGAAUCCUGUUGUUAACGCUGCUGGGAAUAGUGGUAAUCCAGUUUAUAUAAUUUUGGGAAAAAUUAACUCGAUUCCAGAGUCGGUAAAACCAAUUUGAACCGUUUAUACAGUUAGUCAGAGUUAUGAAUGCAUAUUGCUGCAGAAGAAAAAAAAUAUUUAGUAAUACAAUUUUAAUGCUCCAAGUUUA